CUAAUAAAAUGGAAAUAUUUAAAAUAAGUAGUCACAGCAAAGGCAGAAAAUAAGCCAAAUGCUACAAAGAUUUUUUUAAUAUCAUCAAUUUAAAUGCAUGUGCUCUUAAAUAUGUGUAUAAAUGUUCCCGUUCACUUCAACUAUUGCGGAAACAAUUUGUGACAGUUUUUGUAAUUAUUUACCUACGGGCACGCUUUGUUGCUCCUCAAUCACUUGUUAUCAAUUUACUCCAAUCGCUCAGAUAACUUUUAUUAGCUAGUUAAUACAUACCUGAUCAGUACGUUAGUGACGUUAUGUCUGCAAAAAUGUCUGGCAAUUUAAUAAAAGUAUUCGUCUACGGGACACUUAAACGGGGAGAGCCUAAUCACCAUUGGCUAACGCGGUCCGAAAAUGGCCACUCACGUUUUCUGUGUGAAGCGCAAACGGUAGUAAAGUUUCCACUCGUCAUAGGCACACGCUACAACAUUCCGUUUUUACUCAACAAACCUGGAGUUGGUCAUAAUGUUCAUGGGGAAGUGUAUGAGGUAGACGACACAAUGUUUGCAAAUCUAGAUCUGCUGGAAGAUUACCCCAAUUACUAUGACCGAGAAAUACAGCAAAUAAAAACAGAGAAUAAUGAACAUAUUGAUUGUUGGCUGUAUUUGAUCAAACAAUUUCCGGAGAAGUUAUUGUCCAAGCGUUACCUAGAAAAGUAUAAUAACUCAGAGGCACUUCCGUACUGCGAAAGUUAUUUGGACAGCUCCAAGCAAGAUAUGUAUGUACAGGAUGAGUUGAAUCACGUUAAAGAUGAGACCAAAUGAAAAUGUGAUAGAUAAAAAGUGAUAUAAAAAAAUAGAACAAUUCUUUGUUAGCUGUUGACUUCAUUUA